AUGGUUCCUGGGGACACAUUCUGGAAAAACCUUCCAACUAUUUUUAAGCAAACUGUCAUUGAACAUCUGGAUUAUAAAUCUAGAUGUUGUUUACGGAAAUGCUCAAAGAGUGACAGAGAAUUGGAGGAGCAGUGUCCAGUUUCUCUCGAGAAAAUUAUUUUGAAACUAGGAUUCAAUAAAACAGUCCGAAUGAUGUUUGAAGAAUGCGAUUCAGAACUAGACGUAUUUUAUCCAGCUUCUGAUGUCAUUCAAGACUUUUGUCAAAUUUUUCGAAAUCCGCGAUCAAAAUGUUCUAUUUUAGAAAUUAAUGGAUUUGCAAGAGGAUCCGAUCCACUUACAACUGAUAUCAUUCAAGAGUUAGCUGAGAUUCUACUGUUUUCCCAGAGAGUAAAAAUAGAAAAACUCAAAUUUUGGGUGAACGUCUUCCACGCAGAAGAAAUUUUUGUGAAUCUUAUAAAGUCAAUGGAUCCCAAACACUUGAAAAGUAUCAUACUUUGUCACGAGAUCUCGAAAAACGGAAUGGAACUUUUGGCAGCUACGGAGCAUUGGGCGAGACUCAAGAAAAUAGGAUUUGGCGAAAUUGAAGACCCUGGUUUCGACUCGUUCACCCAUCUUGAAAAGAUUCGAUUUGCAGUCAAAUCGAUAAAUCCGCGAGAUGUUUGGAAACUUGUUCAGAACUUUGUGACAGCGAAUCGACCGAAUGGAUCAUACUUUGACAUCUCCAUCACACAUGAUGCAAAUGUUCCCAGUAUGCUCAAGUAUUUCCAAGAGCGAAAUAUAGAACUUAAGAAUGAACCGAUUCGAUCAGGAGAUUUGCAUAAAUAUAUUCACACUCAACGAUUCAAGUUCACGAAGGUUGAUGAGGGAAAUACAGUUGAAGAACUUAUGCUCAUUCUUAAGAUGAACAAUUGGAGUGUGUACGGAUAUAUUUGUAAAACUGAUAGAUAUUCAUGA